CUGCUGCUGCUGCUCCUAUUAUUACAUUCUCCCUAUUCAGCCAAAACCCAAAAAGGGAAAGAAAAAAAGGGGAGAAAAUGGUGUCAAUGGCGAAGCAGCAGCCGGACAGCGGGCUAAUCUACAACCUGAGGCUGUCUUCGGUUGGACCGGGGCAAGUCACGGGCCAAGACGAGGUCUACGAGCCUAGUAACGUGGACUUAGCCAUGAAGCUUCACUACCUAAGAGCGGUGUACUACUUGGAGAAGGAAGCCUUUGAUGGGCUGGGCGUGCUUAAGAUCAAGGAGCCGCUGUUCACGCUGCUGAAUCACUACUACGUGGUUUGCGGGAGGUUCAGGCGGACCGAGUCGGGCCGCCCGUACCUCAAGUGUAACGACUGUGGGGUGAGGUUCAUUGAGGCCUCUUGUGACAAGAGUCUGGAGGAAUGGAUUGAGAUGAAAGAUGCUGGGCUUGAGAGGCUUCUUAGUCCUAAUGGAGUCAUUGGUCCAGAGAUCUUCUUCUCUCCCCCUGUUUGGCUUCAGUUAACCAAAUUUAGGUGCGGGGGAGUAUCAUUGGGCCUGAGUUGGUCGCACAUUCUUGGCGAUGCAUUCUGUGCUGCAAAAUUCAUGAAUAUGUUUGGAAAGGUCACAUCUGGAAUCAAACCUGAAUGGCUGAUCCGUUCGGCCCAAUUAAUCACUAAGGACCUGGCCCAGGAAGACGUUGCAAAAACAGCAAAAGAUCCGCUAUCCAUCAAGAAGGUAAGCCCAGUUGGAGAUCAUUGGAAGAUAGCUAACAAUUGCGAUAUGGUACCAUUCACUUUCUCCAUCACUCCAUCACAACUGGGCCGCAUAAGGUCCAUAAUUGGAGAGUACGGUCCAUUUGAGUUGAUAUCGGCCAUCAUUUGGCGAUCAGUGGCCCGCAAUAGAAGUGGGCCUGAACCCAAAGUGGUGACAAUUUGCAAGAAAGGCCCACAGGCCGGCAAAAAUAACUAUGUGAGCAACGACCAGCAGAUCUGCACUGUGAAGGCCGCUUAUUCCUCCUCCGUCAGGGAAGCCGAUCUGUCGGAGCUGGCGAAAUUGCUGAAACAUGAGGCUACGGACGAGCUCAGAGAGAUCGACGAGGCGGUGGAGAGAGACGGCGGCAGCUCCGAUUUCGUGUUCUACGGGGCGAACUUAACGCUCGUCGACAUGGAUAGCGACGAGUUCUACGAGCUCGAUUGGAGAGGGCACAAGCCAGUCUACGUAAGCUAUCAGAUCGAUGGCGUCGGGGAUGAAGGCUGUGUUGUGGUGCUUCCUGGACCACACGAUGACGCGGAAGGAAAGGUUGUGACAGUGGCUUUGCCGGAGAAUGAGGUAAUGGCCUUGAAAUCAGAGUUGAGGAAGGAGUGGUCGAUUGCCUAAUGAACAGAAAUAUACCAACAACCUUCCUCUACUUAAGUGAAUGAAUUGAACCCAGUGAGUUGUUUUCUUUGAACCAUAUUUGUAUUCUUUGGGCUGAAAUUUAUGGUUUGACCUGGUAGAAUUAUGCGUUUCAAAUGUUAUCUUGGAUUCCAAUAAUAUUUCAACAACCUUCCUCCAUUUAUGGUUUGACAAAACCAACUGAACACCCUUUCUUCAUUUACCCUGUAUAUAAAUUGAUUAAUGCCACUAGGCUUGGAUUGGGUUUCAUAUUAACUGUCAUGGUUUUUGGGUUUGUGUUAAUGUUCUUCUUUCUGUCUACUAAAUGACUAUCCCGCUUGUUCACAUAAUCUAUUUUAAACUAGUUACUCCACUUGUGCGCUGCACGGGAGUGAGACAUCGACACAAUAACUUAGAUAUUGUUGUACUCCUUCCGUUUUUGAAACAAGUUCCACAUUUCCUUUUCGGGCAGCUUCAAAAUUAAGUUCCACUUUCAAACAUUUCCUUAUUUGACAAAUUAUCUACAUCAAAACAGUGUCAAACAGUGUCAAACAGUGUUCUAACAGUGCCA